CCCCAAAUCCACUUCUCCAUCGCACAACCUUUGAGUUGUCUCCAUCUGUCCACUCCUGACUAUUCCAACAAACGCGGCCAAGACGUACCCAUAUCAGCUUCCGGCAAGACACCUGGCGAGGGCUCUAAAAAGCAGGAAUGCGAGCAUGGCAUUUUGCAAAAGCCCAAGGUCCCCAAAAAAUUGCACCAUCUUCUAGGCUCGUACAGUGCUAGCGCAACCGGUUUCUCACAAUGUUUCCGUCUCCCCUGUCACCUGGAAAGGACCCUUUCCCUUUUCCUCUACAGCCUUUUGCCAAAUCAGUCUACCCCAUUCCCCCUCCUCAGAUUCCGAACGAGGCAAUGGGAACAAGUGAUCGGCGGUGCCCAGCAUGAAGAGCGACGCCCGGCACUCAGAACAGCAAAGCGACGAUCCCACAAUAAGCCCGACUCAGCCGAUCGUCUCCGGCCAAUGGCAUUCCCGGUAUGGGGAUCGUCAUCCAAAAGUAAAAUCCAAGGGGUGGUUGUCAGUGCUGCACUCUUCCACGUCUGCGUGGACGGGUCAGGUUCCGGGAGGAUAUCGUUGCAAGACUACAACGUCGCUCGCACUGCGACGCCCUAUCAUGAUUCCUACUCACAUCUCAUCAGCAGGACAUAUCAGGAACAGGAUGUCUCCUGUCCUACUUGUCCACGAUCAUUCGACAGAAAGGCCUUUCAUUCGCAUGUUCGACCACCAGACUAA